AUGAACACGGCUUCUCACUCAGAGAAGCUCCCAGGGGACUUGCUGAUUCAUCUUAUGUGUUCUUUUUACUCCCCGAUAGAUCUUCGAUCAUUCAUCUCCGCGUCUCCGAUCUUUCUGCAGUGGUUUCAUGCGUACCGCCAGCCUGUUCUGAAGCCCAUAGCCGAGCUUUUGAAAGCAGCAUAUCAUGGCGACGUAUCAUUCACCCAUGACGCAAUUCGAGGCGUUCAGUUGCGGCUACAAGCUCAUCGGGUUCCUUACUUGGAUCCGUAUGAAAUUGAGGGAAGAAUGUAUCUGGUGGCUGCGUCCAAGUCUAUGAGCGAGAAAGAAUGGAGUGGCAGUCUCCCAUUUCUCUGUGAGCUAUUCAAGCAGCGGCAAGACGCUGAUACUCUUAUAUCAGAAUACGCUGUAGAUGCAUGGAACAACAUACUUGGUGAGGCCAGACGCAGGACCCAACGCGAUCCUUCCUUUGCCUGGCUUCCAGAGUUUGAUCAGCCUUUAGUCCUCUCCCCAAGCGAAAUUAUUUGUUUUGAAGAGGGAUUCCUCGCUUACGACUUUUAUCGACACCAUAUGUACCACGAUUUGGGACUUCUGGAAGGUACAGUGCGGCCAGAACUUUCGGGUCUUGAGUCAUUUGAGGAAACACGAUGGUGCUUGACCUCGUUUCAAUCUAUUUUCUAUUUCGUUUAUGUGAAGUAUCGCGAGCUCAUGCACCGCGCCGAUAGGGAGCUUCGUGGAGGAGGGGCCCUUGAUGGUAGCACAUAA